AUGUUUUAUAGUCUGUACACCGGAGGUGGACGAGCACAUUUGUUUCUGCUGCUUACCUUUGCUAUGAAUGUAUAUGUAUAUAAAUAUAAAGGUGGUUUAAAGCGAUGACCGCCGUGCUACCUCAUUAGAAUAAAACUUAGAAAGAAGGUACAACUAUAAUUAUUGUUCUGUGGCUAGCAGCUAAAAGCCAAUGCCUACCAUGACCAAAACCUAGGCAAUGCAUCAGAUUGAUGAUGGUUUGAUGACUGUUUUUUGACGUUUCCCAUCAGAACUAGAUGAUGAUGUUCAUUACAUUAAAGUGAUACUACUCUUAUUUUGCAUGUAGUUUAAAACAGAAUACUUAAAAUGCCACCUAAGGUGGGUGCCGCCAAACCAACUGGCACAAAGAAAAGCAUAAUUGUACCAAGCAAAGUAUAUACUAAGGAUAGUAGCAGCACCAUUAAACCUGAAGACAUUGAAGGCGUUGAGGAAACAGAAAUAACUGCACAAAUAUCAGUACCAGCUGAAGGAGGAUGGGGUUGGGUCGUAGUCGCAGCGAGUUUUUUAACGAUUUUUCUAUUAGACGGAGUUUACUUCACAUUUGGCAGUAUAUAUCACGACAUGUGCGAUGAUCUUAAAGUUGGAGAGUCUGUGGUGGCACUUGUCAACUCUGUAGCAGUAGCAGUGUACUUUAUGGGAGGACCACUUGUAUCGGCGCUUAUUAACAGAUUUGGAUUCCGGGCAGUUUGUAUGACUGGUUCAAUUAUUUCUGCGUCAGCUUUACUUUGUACAUAUUUUGUUGUUGAUUUUGUAACAAUACUUAUUUUAUACGGACUUUUUGGAGGAUUUGGAGCUUGCCUUUGUAGCAUGGGGUCCGGAUUAGUAGUGGGCUUUUACUUUGAAAAACUUAGAUCUUUGGCAAUGGCAAUUUCAAGUAUUGGUUCCAGCAUUGGCAUUAUGAUUAUGUUUACAGUAAACUCAUACAUAGUAAAAUUGGCCGGAUGGCGUUUGCUUGUAUUAAUGCAAUCUGGAUUAGUGGGUUUAAUAUACUUUUUAGCGAUGACCUUUCGCCCUUUACUUUCUUUAACUGUGACGACGGUAGUAGACGAACCUACUCGUACCGUAGCGUACUUGCCUAGCUUGGCUGCCAUAAAAGCAGCACCAUCAAAGACAAAAAGAGAAGGAGUGAUGCCAAGUGCUGCAGAACGGCUGUUCAGCGCUGUAUCGAAUGCACACUUUCCUACUGCGGCAGCAGUGAUUGGAGAGAGUACAGUGCCAACGCCGACGCAAGCGGGUCCUUCUACAGCAGUUGCAUCAAGGCUUACUCUUACCGCUCAAGGUCCUCAAAGUGGAAUCAGUCGAAGACAAUUGAAACAAGUUCAGUCUUUAAUAUCCAAGUCGAAAUCUAGAGUAAGUGUCAAAGACGAUAAUGCUGAGAAAGCCAUAGAAAUAAAUAUUAAUAUUGAAGAGCCAAUUAAACGCUCUGUGUUUCAAAGAUUAUUCCAUUGGGAAGAACAUGUAGCCCAAGCUCGACCAAUGUAUCGAGAUGACGCUUUUUAUGACGGAAGGCUAGAUAAGUUGCCGGCUUAUCAAAAAAGUAAAAUGGAAACUGCACCGGAAGCAAGAACGGGUCUCGAAUAUCAAAUGGCGGUGUCACGUGCUGUAACUGCUGCCGAUUUAAAUGAAAAAAGGGGUGUUUUUACAACUGCUGUAAGAAGAAUUCUUGCAACUAUGAUGGAUCCAAAAUUACUGAGAAGAUUUUCAUUUAUAUUACUAUGUACGAGCGGCUUCUUCACAUAUUUAGGGUAUUUAGUGCCUUAUGUGUUCCUACCGGAUAGGGCUAAAAGUGAGGGCAUCGAUCCUGCACACUGUAGUAUAUUUGUAAGCGUCAUCGGUUUUGCAAAUGCUCUAGGUCGUCUGACUAUAGGUGCAUUGGCCAUGAAAUUAAAUCCUGUAUAUUUGUAUAUGGCUGUGUGUUUAAUAUCUGGAACUGCAAUUAUUUCAUUUAAUUUUUCAUUUAACCUUUAUUAUGUAUAUGUGAUAUGCAUAUUGUUUGGAUUUCAUAUUGCUAGUUUAAGUUGUGUUCGUAGUGUAGUAUUAGUGCACUUAUUUGGAUUAGAUAUGUUAACAAACGCAACUGGUAUUAUGAUAAUGUUUCAAGGUCUAGGAAGUUUAAUAAGUACACCGUUAUCUAGCAUUUUGAAAAAUAGUUUUGGAUACUCAGUAUCAUUUUACGUGGCCGGAACACUUGUUCUUAUUGGUGGUAUUGUUUUAAUACCAGUUAAAAAACUAAAUGAAAAGGAGAAAAAAAAAAUGAGUAUGAAAGAUGUACCGCCUAAGCAGCCCACAAUCACAACAAAAGAUCAAUAAUAAUGACUAAAAAAAACAGUUGUUUUUAUUUUAGUUAUUUUUAAUUACCCCUAUCAGUUUAACCACCGUGUAGUUUGAUAGCCAGCUUUAUACUUAGUUACUUGAAAGGGUAUUAUGAUGAACAGAAUAAGACACUGUCUUGUCUUGGGCUGUGAGUCAGAGCCAUCGCAUUUAGGUACAGAGGCUUUGUGAGGCACCUUUAAGCACGAGAACACACCUUGUCCAGUCUACGCCUAGCUGGUAAUGUUACUAAACUGAUGUUUUGGGCUUCUUGAAUCUUCAUGUAUUGUUGUGGCCCCAUUUUCAUGGUCUGAUCCAAUAGGUUAGGUAGGUGGGGCCAAAGACUACAAUGUAUAUACGGCAAGAAUACCAAUGUCUUAUUCUGUUUAUCCCCCAAAUUGUUAUUGUGUUUUUGCCCCAAAGAGGGGCCUUAUAAAUAUCAAAUCUUAAAUCAACAUACAUUCGAAGCAAUCAGGACUUAAAUGCGAUAAUAAUGUUACUAUAAAGUACGAAACUUAUAGAAAUUUAUUUAGU